AUGCAGGCGAGCAAGGCCACCGUAGACGAAGUGUUGGAGGCCAUCGCCGAUUGUAUUCUACAGUGUGUGCUCUUCUCCACCGAAGCAGAUGAGACAGGUGCCAAGCUCAAAUCCCUCAACACGGACGCACUGCUGCACGCCAUGAAGUUCCUCGCGGACCUCGCUACGAAGAAGGCAGCGAUGUGGGGCGAGCUGGACAAGAAGAUGGAGCAGGAGAUGCUGAGCUCGACCAAGGAGCUGCAGCAGUGCGUGAUCGCGAUCAACCGCGACAUUCAGACCAUCGCCGACAAUCCCAUCUCCAAGGAUGCCAAGAAGUCGCUCCUCCUCGCCGCCAAGUCCCUCAUGCAGCGCACCGUGUUUCUGCUACAAACGGCCGAUCUGUACGACAUCCGCCAAAUCAUUCGGCUGGCCAGGGAAUCCAAGGACUGGAACGACAAGCUGGUGGACUGUCGCAACGUGGUUGACAUUCCCGAAGUGGUGCGGGAGUACAUCUUCAAGACGGUGAGCCUCUCCAAGAUCGUGACCGUUCGCGUCAACUACAUCGUCGACCCCAUCCUCAAGAAGAAGCUCGAAAAGCCCAACGAAGUCAUUUCCACGGCACCCGAGCAGGAGAUCCACCUCACCGCCGCCUUGAUUCAAGGCCAAGCCGGCGAAGCCGAACUGAACAAGAGGAAUGCCUACCAUGACCAGAUCAACUCUGCGAUCGAGGAGAUCAUCUACUACACCAAGGAAUCGUCGUCGACCCUGUUUGCUGGUCUCGAUCUCGAUAUCCCCCUUGAGGAGGACGGCGAGGACAGCCUCCCCGGUCCGCUGCUGGGCGCUGCUGAGAUGGGCAUUGAGCGGGCCAAGGUCGACGCGGGUCUGGCCCUUCUCGCCGAGUCGCUGGCCACUGCCGACAAGGCCACGGCCACCGCUGCGUGCACGCUGAUCAAGGAGGGAAUUGAUGGAAUGCUGGCGGCGGACAAGCACCCCAGCCUGAAGGGCGCGGCCGAGCGGCUGGCGCAGACCCUGCGCGACCUGUUCGCCGCCUACAAGGAGGUGGUGGCCAAGCCCGGCGACAAGGCCGCUCUCCAGCGGCUGCAAGCGGCGAUGGCGGCUGUGGAGCAGGCUGCGGCGCGCGUGGCGGAUUUGAGCGCCGCUGCGGCGAUGGACCCCAUAACGGCCGACGCCAUGGCCGUCCACGAUUCCCUGCGCGAUGUCCGGACCGCGGCCACUGCCGGCAACGCCAACGCCACCAGCGCAGCCUGCCAAGCGGUCGCUGAGGCUGUUGCCCGAUUGAACGGAGACCUCGACGACGACUCGCGCAAGCGCCUGCAGGCCGCCCUGGCCAACCUCGCUAACAAGAUGAAGGGCCUGCUGUCGGAUGCGCAGAUGGUCGCCAGGAAUCCUCGCGACGCCGCCGCACUGGCCAAGCUGGACGCAACGCUCGCCGAGAUGGGUGACCUGACCAACACGAUUCUGGAGGGGGCGAGGCCGGCCGAGGGCGGUAUGAGCGCCGAGGACCGUCUGGCGCUGUCCCAGGCCAAGGUCGACAACGCGCUGGCCGCUCUGUCCGCUGCCGAGGCCCGGGGCGACGCUCACGAGAUUGCGAACGCGUUGAAGGCGGUAUCGAUUGCCGUGGGCCAGCAUGCCGCGCUCGCCAAGGCGGUCGCCGCCGCCUCCCGCGAUCCGGAGGCCGCCAAUCGCAUGAACGACGCCGCCGCCAGGAUUGCGAGGGCGAUGCAGGAGCUCGUCAACUCGACCAAGAUGGUGAUCACCAACCCCAACGACCCGGCGGCCAAGAAGGCCUUCGCCGACGGCGUGCGCUCGCUUCAGUCGGCCUGCGCCGAGGGCACUGCCAUCACCCUCAGCCCCGAGCAGCAGUUGCUGGAGGCCAACGCCGAGAUGGCGCGCAAUCUGGACGCACUCGCCUUGGCCAUCGCCAACAGGGACAGCGCCGCGGCGGAGGCUGCGCUGGCCGACGUGCUCGAAUCACUCAAGAAGAACAUGAUGAUCGCCAAGGCCAUAUCGGCCAACAUCACCGACCCGGCCCGGAAGCAAGCUGUGCUGGGCGCAUGCAGCCAGAUGGCGGCCGCCUUCAACGCCAUCAAGGAGAACGCCAAGGUGACGGCCGGGAUGGCCGGACUGUCGGCCGCCGGAGCGCAGCUUGUGGGCGCCGCGAUGGCCAAGUCCGAGGAGGCCCUCAUGAUCGCCAAUGCCGCGCGCAUCGAUGGGCUCGUGCGGUCUGUCGACGAAGCCGUGCGCGCCGGCCGCACCGAAGAUGCCACCGCCGCCGCUGCCGUUCUCCAGAAGGCCCUUCAUAAGCAGGCGUUGCUGGCCAAGCUCGCGGCGGACAAGAAGCCAAACACCGCGUUUAGCGGUGCACUGCUGGAUUCUGGCGCCAAGCUCACGCAAGCCACCGGCGGCUUGGCAACUCCCCACGUCGCGUCCGCUGCCGGUGGCAACGCGACCGCGCGCAAUCAGCUCAGUGGCUCGUUGGAGGAAAUUCAAAAGCUCAACGAUCUCAUCCUCGCCACGCUCGUGUCUCCCGCCGACGCUGAAGACCGGAUCCAGCAGUCUGCUGACGACCUGGUGCGAAGGAUUGACAGCUUGGGCCAAGUCAGUGGUGCCUCGUACGAAGAACUGAGCGCCAUCGCCGACGACUUUGCGCAGCAGAUCCUCUUGGCCAAGGCCGCUGCCGACCGGUGCAAGGAUGCAGAGCAGAGGAACAAGCUGCUGACGGCGAUCAAGAAGGCCGAGGAGCAGCUGCAGCAGCUCCGCACGCUCACCGCCCAAUUGCUGCGCACCCCCAACGACCCCGCCCUGCACCAGGCCAUCGAGCAGCUCCUCGCCGACAUCAAGAAGGCCUCGAAGGGCCUGGCGGCGGCGGUUGCUUCGCCGCCCGAGGAUAAGCUGGUGGCCAACGGCGCUUCGCUCCAGGCCGAUCUCGACGCUGUCACCCGUGCCAUCAACUCGGGCAACGGUUCGGCCGUCAGCGGCCUGAUCCCGAGCAUCGAGAGGCGAAUCGACCUGCAGGUGGCCACCGCCAAGCUGGCCCACAGGAACACCGAACACCCCGAGGUGCAGGAGAUACUGGUUGCCGAGGCCAAGCGCCUGGAGACGACCAAGCCGGCGCUCAUGGCCUCCCUGCGCACCGCGGCGGCGGCGCCCACUGACUCCGCCAAGAAGAGCGAGGCCCUCAAGCACGUCAAGACCGCCCAGCAGGCCAACGCCGCGCUGGUCGAUGCGGGCAAGCGGGUGGCGGCCAAGGAGCAGCCGCGGGCCAGGGCCGACAUGUCGAAGGUGACGUCCGUGGCCGGCGCGGCGGCCGCCAUCGACGCGGCCCUGGUCGGCCGCUCGGCCUACGACGACUCCACGCCCAAGGGCCGCAUCAUGAACGCCUCGCGCCGCAUCGGCCUCGAGAUGGCCAAACUCUCGCAGGCCGCCCAACGCGGCGACAAGAAGGAAAUCAUCCGCGCCACAAAGGCGAUUUCGGACAUGUCGGUGGAGAUCGGCAAGCACACGGAGGAGAUGUGCAAGACGUGCCGCGACCCCAAGAUCAUCGAUCAGCUCCGUUCCUCGGCCCACGCCACCCGCAACUUUGGCAUUCAGCUGAAGAUCUUGAGCGCGGUGAAGACGGCGUCGGAGGGCGUCGACAGCACGACCGAGGGCCAGCUGGUGACCUGCGGCAAGGGUCUCGCCUCCGCCGUGAUCGCCCUCAUCGACACCGCCGAGGUGGGCGACCUCAAGCGUACCUUUGCCUGA